UACUUAUUUCGACUGGACCGAGUUUACCAUAGACUUGACUUGUUUUCAUGUCGGCUGCUAGCGUUGAGGCCCCGCUGAUUUGUUGUGAGCGGGAAAGUCCACCAAGGCGACGAUUUCCCCCUAAAACUUACUUGUUAGCCGUUCAGAAUUUUACAUAGUGCGUCUUUACUGAAGACGUGAAUGGCUUUGAUCACAGUGGACGAUUAGUCAUUUUUUUAACGAUUUUAUUCCUUCCCGGUUCUGCACUCCGUCAGUAGUGAAGGAGCAAGCAGGUUCCUCUCCAGCUGCCCCCAUGAUCCCGGGGAAGUCAGGGCACCAGGAACCAGCUAAGGGGAAGACUCAUGAGAGAGAGGCCAAGACCAAAGCCUCUAUCAAAGAGGCAGCAGCCCGCAAAAGGCAGAGCAAGAGUGAGGCAGAAGGGGUGACCUUAGACCAGCUCAGGAAGAUGUCUGAGUUCUCACUGGUCAAGCGCUUUGCCCAGUUUGCCCAGGAAGUUUCCUGUCGCACCAACACGGUGCGGCACAUCUACUCCUGUCAGCUGAUCCCGUCUCGGUGCCAGGCAGCAUUCGAGGAUGAUGGCUCUAAUGAUGGGCGGGGUCAGAUCAAGAGACACCUCCUGAGUCAUGUUGGUGAACUGUUGCAGGAGUGUGCUAAUGAACCAGAAAAAGUGAAGAAGAUGACUUUUCAUCCAGUUGGUAGUUCUAUCUACCGGAAGAAAAAAGCUGAGGAGGCAGAUGAGAGUUAUGUUCCCACAGCUAAGAGAACAAGAUCAGGCACUGCAUUGGCCAGACAGCAGUCUGCAGACAUGAAGCCUGAAGCUACCCCAGCUGAUGGGACAGUUGAGAUCGAGCACAGUACAUGCAUGGUUCCAGUUCCAACUGUGGUAGACAACUUGACGCUGCCUGACCCCCAGCUCCUGAACCACUCCAGCUUCACCAUGAUCAAAACAACUCAGGACUCUGAAGAAAUCCUACUGGUCCCCAAGGGGCAGCUCAUCCCCCUGUCUCCUCUCAUUAAACAGGAGGACCCCACCAUUUCUGCAGGUAUGGCAGAAGGAAAGUCACCACAAAAACAUGUUCCCAACAUCCUAAGGAGGAACCGCAAACAAACAUUCAACAACAUUUUGACUGAUGGGGAGAUCCCUACCUCCAAUAUCAUUGAACAAGGCAGUUCACUACCACAGACCCCUCUGCACGCUCAGGAGAGAUCUGCCAAGAGGUCACCUGUCAAGUCUCCGUCCAAGCGAGCAGCUAAGAUUCUGGAGAGUAUGGCUAACAGAGGGAGCAUGACCACCAGGUCCAGCAAGCUGCAGCCACAUCACGACCAUAACUACACCAGCCCGUCUGGGGCUACAUCAAACCAGACCACCACCACCACCACCACAACAGCUGGAGGAACACCAACAACAUUGGACGGCAAUGCAAACCUGAAGCUGCUGUCUCAGCUGGCUGUACAGCAGAGUGCAGAAGUGAAUGGAGAAGGUGAAGAGGAGGGGUCUGAUACAGAGGAAGAGGCAGAAGUAGAUAUGAAGCCAAACCCUUAUGUGUAUGGAGUUAUCCUGGAGGGAGAUGCUCUGGUGGGGAAGCAACCAUCACCACGGAAACCAGGAGCCAGAGGUCAGCUCAAGAAAGGUGUGAAGAAGGCGGCUGUCUCCAAAGCUAAGUUGCCAAAUAAUCAAGAGGCAGGAGAGGAUCCAGAGCAGAAGAAAACCAGGCAAAAGGCCUUAGACUUGUUGAAUCAACUCAAGAGGAAAAAGUUGCCUCGUCCAGAGGAUGUGUUUGUACCCUUCCUCUGUGACAUCUGUGGGAAGCAUUACACAGCCUCUGCCACCCUCAUCAGCCACCUCAGGAGCCAUGCAGGCAUUAAGCCCUACAGUUGCAAACUUUGCAAGGCCACAUUUACCCGCCUGCACAGUUUGAACUACCACAUGAUGAUGCACAACAACCAGAGUCGCUUCACCUGUGAACACUGUGGCCGCAAGUUUCGCCACCCUAGCCACUUCAAGGAACAUUUGCGCCGACACACAGGCGAGUCCCCGUUCGCCUGCUGCGACUGUCCACGCAGAUUCAAGACUAGAAACACCUACAAGAGACACCUGAGGUCCAAGCAUGGCAAGAUCCUGACAGUCAGUGGGAUCAUUCCUAUGAGAGUGGAUGUCGCAUAGAGUAUCUGUGCUUCUUCAGGUCAAAGACACACAAAGUAUUCAAUAGUAGAAAAAGUAUCAUUGUUCAGGAAGCUGGUAAGAGAUUUAAAAAAUAUGGUCUCCACUGUCCUGUAAUGUUUCAAUUGAUUUAUACGUAGCUCCCCUGAAAGAUACUUGAAUGAUAACUACAUGUAUGUUCUUUUUCAGACAGUUUUAUAUAAAGCAAUGAAAUCAUCAUUCAAAUUGUGGGAUGUGCAAUAUUACAACAGGAUACCUGAAAUAUACAGGCCUGUCUGCAAGAACUACUGACAGGCACAAUAGAUUUCAUCCUGUUGUGCACUAUUUAGACUGACAAGAGUUCAUCAAUGUGAAAAUGUGUGUGUUAUGGUAUCUCUUGGCUUGCUGUUUCCAGACAGGAGUUUUCAUAUAAGCAGCUCAGUGUUGCUUUCAUGGAUACCAACUCCCAACUUAAGUCCCUUUGUUUGAAGCAUGUUGUACUUUGAAGUUGUUAUUAAUUCAUGUUUUCAAUAAGAUGUAAGAUAUUUUGCAAAAGACUUUGAACCUAACAAUAUCAAAAGAAGUCAGUUAUAAAUGUACCGGUAGAUAAUACUCUCUUGGUUUGCAUUUUAUCUAAUAUAGGCUACUAUCAGAAGUAAAGAAAGCUUUCAAUAGAUAGCAGUCUGUUCAGUUGUGACAUGAAAACUCAAUCUGCAUGCAAAGAACAUAACCAGAUGAUGGCAGGGAUAACCUGAUCUUUGUAUAUUCAAAGUAAUAGCACAUCAUUAAUCUCCAGCACCCACAAGGUAUUAUAGGCUAGUCCGAAAACACUAGGGUAAGUUUGAGAGAGGUUGGAAAUAUGAAAGUGAUCUGGAUGACUUAUGAUUUAUCAUGGCAAAAUUGAAACAAGGCAAUAAGACAAACAUAUUUUUGAGGAUUAGAAACUAUUUUUGUACUGGAAGUCAUGUAAAACCAGGAAGGAGUUGAGAAGACUAGGCAGCUAAAGCAUUGAAUCUAUCAGAGAACAAACUAAAACUGUAAUAAUGGCAUGGUCAGUUUUCUUGGUAUAUAAAGUCUGAUCAGGUAUUUGGAAGUGACAUUUGUGACACACAUUUGUAGGCAGCACACAAAUGGAGAUAAUGUGGUUGAUGUAUAGUACUGUGUGGUCAAGGUAAUUUUAGAUCCAAACAUGAGAUUAAAGAUACGCAAGUGUUAAUCAAAUGGACUGUGUCAAGCAUUUACAUGAUUUGUAUGUGAUAUUAGUAAACAAUUGUACAUAGGCAUGGAAACAUGUAACUAUAUCUAAGAUGAUGUGUGUUGAUAGUUUGCAUGAAAAAAUUAAGAUGUCAACAAUGUAAUGCUAUGUAUGCAGUUCAUCCAGUGAAAUUCAGUAUCAUUCUUUCGUACAUAAUACCAUGUAGAGCAGAUACAGGCUGAUAACUUUGCCAUGGACCAAACUCUUCAUAGAAAAUGCUACUUUUAGUGACAUAGGAUUAUGUUGUGCAUGUAGGUUAUAUUUAGGAGUACAUGUAUUUAUGGAAUUUCUGUUGAAAAGAGAAUGGCAUUGCACUUGUCAGAUCAAUGGGAAACGACAAGACAGCAUGGAUGAACGACUGAAGUAUAUUUGUAAUAUCUUCCAACAGGGAUGGUCUUCAGGAUGUACAGGAACACCAUUCAGAAAAGUAAAUAUUGUCUGAUAUCAUGAUCUUUUAGGUCCUUGUGACCUAGCAGGCAAGGCUGACAUGUCAAGUGGUGAAUUACAGCGUGUCCAUGUACCUUUAGGCAUAAACUUUAUGCAUUAUAAUAUAUCCAGUAGGAUGUUUUUAUCAAGAUGUACAUAGUUUUUGUGGCAUUCUAUUUGCUUACCUUGAAUUGUUGUAAAUAGACUGCUGAAGGCAUGUCUUACCAAUCCUAUAGAGUUGGGGAACGAUACACAUUUCAAUCCAUUCCUUUAUCCAUGUGCUAAUUUGAUAUGCACAGGUAUAACCUGUCGUGCAGGAGGCUGAUUCUUGGACAGUAUCUGAGCUGUCUAGGAACAUAAGAUAAGUUACAGUAGAAUAAGCUUGAGUCUAAUUGGAGGUCAUAAUUUGCUGUACAUUUGAAUUUCCAAGAAUGUACUUAUUUAUUUUGUCCUGUGAUGCUUGUAGUUAAUCUAUAUUGUGGAUACAGUAUUAAGAAUGUACUAAGAAUGUAGAGCUUUUCAGACAUAUAUUGAGCCUUUUUGUGUUGUUAUCGUGUUAGUGACACUGUCUGAUAUUGUGUGUAUCUUUUUGUACUUGUAUUGCUUGAUUAGUGCACAAGAAAAGCUGAUGUGUGUACUUCAGGAGGUAGAGUGUAGAAAAAAAUUGAUAAAACCUGUGUGGUACAUUAUCUUUUCACAAAGGCAUGUGUGUUGGAUGUACAUAUUGUCACCUGAGAAUUCCCAUGGUCAGUGAGUGAGAGUAACUAGUAGGUUUUCAGGACCAAGUGGCCAGGUCUCUAAUCCCACUGACAAAAUGAAAUGUACAUGUAACUUACUAAAAGAACAAGCAGGUGUAAAGCUGUUCCAUCCUGCAUUUGAAAUGUGGCCAUGAAGAAGUGGUCACUUGAAGACCUGCUAGCUACAUAAAAAAACAGUGUGUAUCGUUCUGUGUAAACAUUGCAUCAGCAAAGCUGAGUAUAUCUUCAUAAAGAUGCACAGCAUUCCAA